AUGGGGAAGAAAAAGAAAAGUGCUUUACAGGUCAUCAUGGAAGAUGUUGGAAUAGAGAUUGAUGGACAAGUCGAAAGUGACGCAGAGAGUGAAGAAGAAGUAAAGGACAAGACACCCAAGAAACAUCCCCGCAGGAAAACUGGCAGAGCAAGCAGACUUGAAAGGAGAAAGCAAGAGAAAGACAAAGAAGAUGAUGAGAGCAAAGAGGAAGACGGUUGUAGCCAACAAAAAAGAGCUUCCAGGAGAAAAAACUACCAAAUUAAAAACAGCGAUGGAAAAAAGGCAGGGGAGGAAGGAAGGCGACAGAGAGAGAGAGGCAAAAAGCCUCCUACCAAAGAUCAAAAGGAGUCAGAAAACACAGAAAAGAAAACAAACAAGAAAGGAAAGGAGGGGGAGAACAAACAGCAGACAGACAGGAAAAACAGUACUUCCUCUUCUGCCAACUCAUCCGACGAGGAGUCGCUGUCAGAGGAAGAGCUCGCAAUGCUGAUGGAGCAGGUGGAGCAAAAGAAAAAACUGAUUUCCACCAUGAGGAACAAGCCCUGGAGGAUGGUGAAGAAGCUCUCGGUGCUCAGGGAGGCCCAAGCUUUUGUAGAGAAGUUUGAAGGAGCUCUGGGAAAAGGGAAGGGCAAAAAGUUGUAUGCGUAUAAGAUGAUGAUGGCAAAGAAAUGGGUGAAAUUUAAGAGAGACUUUGACAAUUUUAAAACCCAGUGCAUACCCUGGGAGAUGAAGAUAAAAGAAGUGGAGAGUCACUUUGGCUCUUCAGUCGCUUCCUACUUCAUAUUUCUGCGGUGGAUGUAUGGAGUAAAUCUUGUCCUUUUUGGGUUAAUAUUUGGACUGGUUAUAAUUCCAGAGAUCCUGAUGGGAAUGCCAUAUGGAAGCAUGCCAAGGAAAACUGUACCGCGGGCUGAACAAGCAACAGCUAUGGAUUUUUCAGUUCUUUGGGAUUUUGAGGGCUACAUCAAAUACUCAGCCCUCUUUUAUGGCUACUACAACAACCAGCGGACAAUUGGUUGGUUAAAAUACAGACUACCGAUGGCAUAUUUCACAGUUGGGAUCAGCGUGUUCGGCUACAGCCUGAUGGUUGUUAUAAGAUCGAUGGCACGCAAUGCCAAUGAAAGUACAACAGACGGGGACGAUGACAACUUCAUUUUCAGCUGGAAGAUGUUCACCAGCUGGGACUACCUCAUUGGCAACCCAGAGACAGCGGACAACAAGUUUGCAUCCAUCACCACCAGCUUCAAGGAGUCUAUCGUGGACGAGCAAGAAAGCAACAAGGAUGAGAACAUCCAUCUGAGGAGGUUCCUGCGGGUUUUGGCCAACGUCCUCAUCAUAUGCUGCUUGUGUGGGAGUGGCUACCUUAUUUAUUUCGUGGUGAAACGCUCCCAGACGUUUUCCAAAAUGCAAAAUGUGGGGUGGUAUGAAAGAAAUGAGGUUGAAAUUGUGAUGUCCUUGCUGGGCAUGUUUUGCCCUCCGCUGUUUGAAACCAUUGCUGCACUAGAAAAUUACCAUCCCCGCAUCGGGCUGAAAUGGCAGCUGGGGCGGAUCUUCGCGCUCUUCCUUGGGAACCUCUACACGUUUUUGUUGGCCUUGAUGGACGAUGUCAACGAAAAACUGGCUGAAGAGGACGUGGUGAAGAACAUCACGCACUGGACAUUGCUUAGCCACCACAACUCAUCCAUGGGGAAUGGCAGCACUGCCACUCCACCUCCCAUUGAUCCUGCAGACGUGCCCAGGGGACCCUGCUGGGAGACAACUGUUGGCAUUGAGAUUGUAAGGCUCACCGUGUCUGACAUCCUGGUGACCUACAUAACCAUCCUGGUGGGAGAUUUCGUCCGAGCUUGCUUCGUCAGAUUUAUGAAUUACUGUUGGUGCUGGGACCUGGAGGCUGGAUUUCCAUCCUAUGCAGAGUUUGACAUUAGCGGCAAUGUUUUGGGUUUGAUCUUCAACCAGGGAAUGAUUUGGAUGGGAUCCUUUUACGCACCAGGGCUCGUGGGUAUAAACGUGCUGCGCUUGUUAACCUCCAUGUAUUUUCAAUGCUGGGCUGUUAUGAGUAGCAAUGUCCCUCACGCACGAGUUUUCAAGGCGUCCAAGUCUAAUAAUUUUUACAUGGGACUUUUGCUGUUGAUCCUGUUCCUCAGCCUCCUGCCUGUGGCUUACACCAUCAUGUCCCUGCCUCCCUCCUUUGACUGUGGACCUUUCAGUGGAAAGAAAAGGAUGUAUGAAGUCAUUCAAGAGACCAUCGAGCUGGAUUUCCCACUUUUUGUUGCCAAGAUCUUCAGCUAUGUGGCAAAUCCAGGACUGAUCAUACCCGCAAUUCUGCUCAUGGUCCUCGCCAUCUAUUACCUAAACGCUGUGGCUGAAGCGUAUCAGCGCGCCAAUGCAGAGCUGAAGAAGAAAAUGCAGAUGCAACGCGAAGAAGAGAAAAACAAGAGAAACAACAAAACCAGCACUAACCCUGCGCUGCAAGAUCUGGAGGAUUUAUUUACACCAAGUACGAAGAGUGAAAGUCACCCCAAACAAGCAGAAGACAAGAAAACAGACUCUCCCGAUAGAACCAGCCCUGUCAGGAAACAAGGCAAAGCAACAGCCCCGGGGGGCAGCCCCAUGACUGGCGGGAGAGGACCGGCGUUCACCCUGCCGCCGCACGUGCUGGUGACGCAGCCACCGACACCGCGCCUCUGGGCGCCUUACCCUGGGCACCCCAGGCCUCGGGGGCACCCACUGGGACCAGUCCCUGUAAGGGGGAGAGGGCAGCCACGCUACCUGUAUCCUGCUCAAUAAGCUCAGCAAUGUUUCUCCCGUUUGACAUUAAAAUAGAGGUGCUGCAUGAACUACUGUAGUUUUAGUAGGAAGCAAUUACUGUAUGUUGGUCACCCACUCAUGAUAAUCUCUAUCUAUCCAACACUGACUAUCUAAACCCACCCUGUUUAGAAGCAUAGCAGCACUUUGGACUUGUAACCCUCAAUGGCUGCACUGAUUUUGAUCACGAAGGAACUGAGAGGUAAACAGGAUGAAAAUCAGACGUGGCAUUGAUAAACUACUAUAUACAGGACACCAGCCCUGUGGCCACUAGCAGCAGCAUGGUGAGCUUGCUCUGUGGUGUGAGUGCUUGUCAGUCCCUUUAAAGGCUCCUUCAGUUAAUAAAAGUAGUAUGAG